AUGUCCGAAGUCGUUCUGCCGACGUCGGCUGUCCUCAAUGAGCAUCUAGGCAAGGUUGUUCUUGUGACCGGCGCAGCAAGUGGAAUAGGUCUUGCAACUGCGCGACUGUUUGCCCAGCACGGUGCGAAGGUUAUCUUGGUUGAUUUGGAGGCAACAAGAUUGCAAGAUGUCGCACAAACCAUCGGCCAUGGUUGUGAUUUUUAUGCGUGUGAUGUCUCAUCCUGGGAGCAACAACUGUCCUUGUUCCACUGGGCAACACGCAAACACGGCCCUCCCAAAAUAGUGUGUCUGAAUGCCGGUAUCGAUCCUGAAUUGGCGACCUCGGAGUCCGCGUCGGGCAAGGAGCGAGUUUUAAGUAACUACCUUGCGGACGAGUACGAAGCCUCUGGUAACCCAAUUCAAGUCUCCGACGAAAGCGGACAGCUUCUGAAGCCACCGCCAAAAGCAAUCUUCGAUGUGAACUUCUAUGGCGUUCUUUAUGGGGUUAAAUUGGCCGUGCAUCAUCUUGGGCACGGCUGCGGGGGCCGCAUCAUCAUAACCGGAUCAGCUGCCUCGUACAUUCCCGUUACCUAUCAAGACGUUUAUGUGGCAUCGAAGCAUGCACUUAUUGGGUUAAUGCGCAGCUCGUCCCAAAGAGAAGAGCUAAAGGAAAAGAACAUCUCCAUCACGAUGGUAGGGCCGUGGCUCACGCGUACGGCGUUGACCGCCAAUCUACCGCCCGAGGCUACACAGGGACAUGAAGCGAGUGAACCGGAGGAUGUUGCUAUGGGGAUUGCGUAUCUCGCAUCAGCAGAGAAAGGUGAAGAUGUCAAUGGACGGUGCUUGUGGAUCAGAGGAAAGAGAUGCAUUGAGAUCGAGGGUGCAUAUGAGAAAUGGCUGGCGCAGAUGAUGGGGAUUUAA